CUUUGUUUGCGGCUGACGAGAAAAGUAUAAAACGCCGGAGCGGGAGUGUCACUGAGCAGAGACUUUUCGAUUCCGCCUGAAAGAUCUUACAUCGUCUGACACAAUGGCUAUUAUGAAGGUGUUGGCGCUCGUCCUGCUGAUCGGGACCGUCAGCCUCCCGUUGUCUCUGACGGACACAACCCCUGAUGAAGACGAUCCUCCGCCUCCGCCUCCGCCCACGCCUGCACCCACUUCUACGCCUACGCCUACGACUACGACUUCGUCCACGCCUGAAGUGGACUUGGUCACGCAUCCGCCUCCGCCCACGCCCACGCCCACGCCCACACCCACUCCCACCCCUGAGCCUAUGCCAAGCCCUAAUAUAACGUGUUUGAAUGCAGGGGACAAAAUAGGUUUCAAGUUGAACCCGCACGUCGGCAUUUCCGUUAGCGUCGUCGGCAACAAAGUUUGGGUUAUGGCAUUCGAUAGCUCGGAAAAAUUCCCGACAACGACAGAACCCCCAACGCCGACAACGACAGACCCUCCAACGCCAACAACGACAGAUCCUCCAACGCCGACAACGACAGAUCCUCCAACGCCGACAACGACAGAUCCUCCAACGACUACCACGCCGAAACCUCCUACAGUCGACGACAGAAAGUGACAGGGCUUUUAAAAAGUUCAGACGCCAUCAAGACGUUUCUCUCGCUUAUUAAUCAAUUGUUCCUUGUAGUCGUUCAGGUGUGACAUGAAAACAUUUGAUUGGUUUCCAUGCUGUGCUCUCCUCGCUCCUGCACUUACCUUUGCUUGAAUAAAAUGCAUGA